AUGUCGACAACUUUCAGUCGGAACACUCCAGAAGCAUGCGGGAAAUCCCAGCCAUCCCAGCCAUCCCAGCCGAGUGCUGCCAAAUCUGGCCCCCCGCGGGCCCGGGCAAAACGCAGCCAAGUAGUCCGGGCCUGCGACUGGUGUCGGAAACAUCGGGUCAAGUGCGAUAACCACUACCCAUGCUCCAAUUGCGCCAACAGAGGAGGGGAGUGUAGCAAUGAGUCCAUGAAGACGGCUUCUCUUCCCAUGGCCCAUCGCGAGAUUGACCGUCUUCGCCAGAAGGUGCACGAGUUGGAGCUGGAACUCCGCCAGGAACGAGAGGGUCGGGGCAUGGACACCCCCAGCACCAUGUCCCCUCCGGACCUUGGUAGUGUCACCUCUGACAUGCAAUACACUCGCUCGUUGUCGUUGCCUUUGUUGUCGUCUUUAUCGUCAUCGUCAUCGCGAACCAACAAUGCCUGGGGAGGCAUCCGCAUGAGCACAGCCCGGUCUCCACACAAGACAUGGUACGGGCCCUCGUCGCUGUUCUACUUCAUCGGCCGUAUCAACAACUUCCUGGACCGGACGCUGCAACAGACGCAUUCUCCCGAUCACAUGCUGCUCGACUCAUCGAGUAGGCGCCUCGAUGAACCGACCGCCGCUCCUGAGGAACAGUUGGGUUCAACCUCAAACCAUCUCCCAGCAGAUUCUCUCGCAAAGGCAACCUACCUGAGCCCGACCCAAGAGGAAUACUUCCUCGACCUGUACUGGCAGUCUUACCAUACCUCACUAUUUCCCGUCAUUGACGAGGCAGCCUUCAAGGAGCACUACAGGUCCCUAUGGACCGCAUCGGGCAACACGCGAAAGCCGUCGGCACUCGUCGAUAUUGUAGUCGCCAUGUGCAUGCAGUACGGCAUGUCCAUGUUGCCCGCCGUGAAGCAGCAGGCCUCCGUGGAUAACACCGACGCCGCCAUCGCCGGCCGAUGGCACUACUCGCUGUUCCCAGACCCUGCUGGGCCCGCGAGCUGGAGAGCCCCUACCGUGUCGACCCUGCAGUGUCAUCUCCUGUGUUGCAUCUACUUGUGCUGUGGCUCGUUCCAAAACAUGGCUGAUAGCGCCUGUGGCCUUGCUGUGCGUGCGAGCUUAUAUGCUUGGUCUCCACCUCGAGCCUCCACAGACUAUACCCCAACGAGAGAGAGAGAUGCAGAAAGCGUCUGCCGCCCGUUCUUGCUGCCACCCGUUUCCGAUUACACGCCCUCUUUGCAUGGAGAUGACCUCGAAGCAGCGCUGCAAUCGGGAUCCCACUUCGCCCCCCUGGGAGACAACCUCACUUGGCUGAGCUUCGGUCUCCAGCAAUCGAAGCUGUUCCAUGCAGCCCGGACGGUGCAUACGGCCUUUUACGACCAGAGUCCCAACAUCGACAGCGGCCAGACCAUCUGGGAUGACCAACGUGCGCUGGCGAAUCACGCCGAGUUUAUCGGCCCCUACAUGAAGGUCCUGGACGAGUGGGUUGCCGGCGUACCCGCCGCCCUAAGGACGAAGCGGCAGAACGAUGCCGCCUCGUUUUCCACCGACGGAUCGGUCCUCGACAUCGAACCAUUCGCGCCUCUCUGGCUUCAACGGCAGCGCCUCGUCCUAGAGCUGAUGUACCACCACCUCGCCGCAAACCUCUACCGCCCCUUCAUCUCCUUCGGGCCCGCCGCCCCCACCGUCGUCGAGGAGGCCGCCGUACAGUGUGCCCUACACGCCAUGGCCGUGACAAAGAUCACACAUCAAGUCCUCUCAACAACCACCCUGUUGGCCGGCUGGCACGAGGCUUUCCAGCUGCAGUGGAACGCCGCCUUAACCCUCGUCGGCUUUGUGCUCGCCCAUUCCCGCGCCGCCUCCAGCGCGACCAGCGCCAUCACAGCCGAGGCCAGAUGCGCCAUGGACCUGUCCGUUGCAGUGUUCGACAUUUUCAGCGAUAGCUUUGCCAUUGCCACCAGCGCCGCCAGGAUCAUGCGCGAUCUCGGCGCCAAGGUCGACUUCCUCACCCAGCAGGCCCAGGAGAAGGCGGUCGAGCUGGGGAGUCAACCGUUGAUGGCGCCGGUGAGUUCGGGGGCUGUGGGCAGUGCCUUUCCUGUGCAGGACAUGUCCGCUGCGGCGAAGACGUGGGAUGGCGCCCUGGGUUUUGGUGACCUGAACGCUGCUUCCAUGCAAGACGUCUUCAGCAUGGCCUUUUCUGUUGAUGAAUGGAGCAAUCUCGACUCGUUGUGGCCGGGUAUGGACCAGGCAUUCGUGCCUGAACAGCAUGUUUUUGGAUAG